AUGUGUGAAAAUCCAGAAAUAAAUAAAUUUAUUAGAGAAAAUGAUGGUCUAAAAUGGAUACCAUACGAACAAUUAUCCAAUAUUGAAUAUCUUGCUCAUGGAGGGUUUGGUGUGGUAUCUAAAGCCAGAUGGAAUUCUUUAGAUGUUGUUUUAAAGUGCUUAAAUAAUUCCAAAAAUUUGACGGCUGAUGUCUUACAAGAGAUCACUAAUUAUCGGUUGUUUGAUCAUAGUAUACAAAUUAUUUAUGUUAGUCAAUGUUAUGGAGUUUCUCAAGAUCCUACAACAGGCAAUUGCCUAAUAGUAAUGCACUAUUUUAAAGGUGGUAACUUAAGACAAUAUCUAGAUAAUAAUUAUAAUCAAUUAUCUUUUGGAGAUAAACUUGGACUGUUAUACACAAUGGCAAAUGGACUAUACCACAUUCAUUCUCAAGGACUAAUUCACAGAGAUUUUCAUUCGGGUAAUAUAUUAAAUAGAUUUAGUUAUGAAUUGUGUUUUAAAAGUCAACAAUACAACAAAACAAUUCAAAAUAUCGGCUGCUAUAUUACUGAUUUGGGAUUAUGUAAACCAAUUGAUGAAGCAAAUGAUAUUAUUAACGUACCUCAGUUAUUAAAGGAAUUAAUUAUCAAGUGUUGGGAUAUCAACCCUCUAGUCCGUCCAACAGCUUCAGAGUUAUUUGAUCUUCUUGGGAAAUGGUAUUGUGAUCAGGAUGAAGAAUUUUGUUGUCAAUAUAAACAGAUAGAAGGUACAAAAAAAUCAUUAACAUUAGAAACAUACCAGGUACAUCCGCAAGCCAUUUAUACGAGUCGACUACUUAAUUUAAAUUUAAAUGAAAAUCAUUAUGUUUCCGACAAAUUGAACGAACUUCACAUUGAAGAUA